AUGUACAUUUGUACAUGGAUUCUCUUCUUAACUAUAUCUUCAUGCCAUUUCGCAACAGUUAUGUACAAACUCAGCUUCAACCAUAUUGAUCUUUUGCUUCCAAAAGUGAAGAUUUUGUCAAUCUUCCGGCUGGACAUUGUGUUAUAUUUGCAGUCUCCUAUUUGUUCACGUCUUCAUCUUGUAAUCAUAUUCAAGUGGCGAAGUACUCGUAGUCUUGGUGUUCUUUAUACCUGUGUGUUCACGGGUUCAGAUGUAGGAUACAUAGCCACAAUUUUUAGGAUACAACCACAAUUUUUGUUCUCAAUCAUAGCUGAUGGAAUCAUCAAAUAUUUGCCCUCCUUGCUUCACCCAUUCAUUGCCAUCAACCGGAUGUUCGAAUUCAUUAAUCAAGAUGGCAGGAAUGUCUGCGCAAGGCCAAGGAACAAGCAUUUUGCGGAAGAGGUCAGUAUGUUACAAAGCUUUCAUACUUUAUUUGCGGAAGAGGUCAGUAUGUUACAAAGCUUUCAUACUUCAUCUGAACAUGAAAAACGUUUCUUUUGAGUUACUAAUAAUAGUUUCGAUUGUUCUUGGAAAAUUAACCUUGAUAUCCGUUCGAACUCAAAAAUUUAAUUGAGUGUUAGCUAGAGUAAUCCAAUGAUUAUGAAAUGUAAUUUAAAAUACGGGGAGAAAACACUUGACUUGUUUGACGUUUUCCUACCAUUAAAAGGCGUUACAGUGUCUCAAAAGAAUUAAAGCACAAUUCUUUAACAAAUUUUACAUACGAGAAAGUUUCCACCUACACACUUGGUAAGAAUUCAUGUUCCUACAGUAGCAAGAAAAUUCAGUCUUUAUAGCAAUAGAUAGAAGUCAAUGUGUCAUUCAAGUUCUAUUGUACAGAAUCCACUGUAUAUGAGAGUUGGGACCCGAAAUUUUCAGUGAAAGGGGGGUUUGAAAUAUAAACAAAUAGGAGAAUCUUAGUAACUCGGUUGGUUGGCUACCCGAACUUUCACCUUGUUGGUGAGAGUUCGAUUCCCCACCUUA